GCGUGUUGUCACGCAACUGAAGUACCAAAAUCGGACUCGGAAAGUCCGUUUGAUUGUUUGACGGAAGAAAAAUCAGGGUUACUUUUUGAGGCUAACUAACGGGUUUACGUCAUUACACCAGUGAUGUCAUAUGCCAUUGGCAAUGUACAUUGGCAGCCUUAGUUGCAACCUCCCGUGAUUAUUAAUUUGGUCCCCAUCAGUAACGACGCCUAGUAAUCUAGCAGAUUACAAUGUUCUCAAUAUAGGGUCGACCGUUACUCAAAAGCUGGCGUGCUCUAGAGUAAGGCCGGUCGGAAAGGUCGGUUUGCCCAUGUUCAAGUUCAAAGAUGAACAUUGACCGUUGAUCGCAAAAAGGCUGAAGAAACUGGAUCUGCUUUUAAUAGUGAAACAGGUGCCAUAGAAAGGAUAGCUAUCCCGGAAUUUGUUCUGAAAGUCUACAAUUUGAUGCAAUGUUGGGGUUUUUGAAAAAUUUAUAGACCAGACAAUUUCCUGUCAAUCUAGCUAAAAUAGUUUCGGACAAAGUUUUGUGAUAACAUAAAUGUUCUUGCUCUUAGCUUCGAAAAGGACGACAUAUUUCAAGAAGUUUGGACCUCGGGAAUCAAUCCUAUCCCUUUGAAUCAAUCAACGGUGCUUAAGAAAGGUCCCGUCGACAUUGUAUACGGGACCUACUUCUACUUCAGUCCUAAUGUUACCGUUGGCACGAGCUACAUUGCCAGCCCUGUCAUUUUUUUCAAGAAGGAUUUCCUAUCCAACGAUUCUUUAAUGGUCGUAUUGCACAACCAAGGACAGCUUCGGCCUUCGUAUGAUGAGCACUAUUUAUCUCAGCCUUCGGCGAAUUUAAGACUGGCAGAUGGACAACUUGCUGUUGUGACAAUUGAAUUGACGGAGAAUGAAAAUCUGAAUGUCCAAAAGUCUCCCUGUGAGUCAGAUCCCAAUUACGAUCUUGGUCUUUGCUUGGAAAGCUACUUGAGCAAGAACGCCAGUUGCAAGUUGCCUUGGAGCCCGAGGCGGUCUCUGAUUCCAGAGAGGGAUUGUGCAACGGCAGAUGAUUUCUCUCGCUUAAUGUUCAUUCAAGAUCAAUACAGAGAUUGGACAUCACACAAGACUUAUGAGAGAACUAAAUGUUUAAAGCCUUGCAAGUAUCAGUCGUUCAAAGCCGAGGUGUCCUAUCAAACCCUGCCUCCAUUCAAUCUUCCAUCUCAAGUUGGAGUAUUUAUUUCAUACAAGCAGAGUGCCAUCAUCAAGAAGAAGCAAUAUCUUAUCUAUAACGUAAACAGUCUUAUCGCAGAAAUUGGGGGCUCUAUGGGCGUUUUUAUUGGUGCUUCUUUCAUUACCAUCUAUGAUCUCGCUUUGGAUGGAAUUGGCAUCCUCUCAAAAUUGUUCCGCUGCAGCGAAAAAGCGAAAUGAAUCAAGACGAAAGAACUUGAGCUCACUUUCAAACUUUAGACAUCAAUACUUGAAAACUAUGCCAUUCAUUACAAU